GGCUCUGCCAGUGGUUGUGCGGUGGCUCUGUAGCGACAGAGGGGCUCUUGAUGGCUCUGCACUGGCAGAAACGUUCUGUGGUGGCAGAGGGAUCUCUGUAAGCAGUUCUCUGUUGACACAAGGGCUGUCUGGUCGCUCUGCGGCGGCUCGUUGCUGGCAGACGCGUUCUGCGGUGGAUCUCUGCUGUCUCCGUGCUCGCUCCGACGUGACCCCGUGGCGGCACAGCGGCUCAAUGCCACCCGCCCCGCGUCCCUCCAACCGCAGCCGCCGCUCGCACGGCCCGGGCGGCCCCGACGAGCCCCUCCCGACGGAUGGUAGCGGCCGCCCCUCCCCUAACGACGGGACGCCGGUUAGCAGCGCUCAGCAGCGGCUCUCCGCGAGACGGGUACGGCGGGUCGGCUCCGAGAGGGCCAGGGGAGCGGAACCGGGCUCGGGUUCGUUUUUAGGCCGUUUUGAACGCUGUGUGGAAGGAAAGAGGCUGAGUCCGUUUUGUUGACGCUUUGGACCGAAGCAGAGAAAGACGCAGAGGCAGCGGAUCAACCUGCUCCGCCAGACGUUGGAGACACGUGGGAGGUUGACUUGGAGGAUGUGUAAAAGCCCGGAUUUGCCGAGAAAUUAAAGCCCAGGAUUGCAUUGCAGUGUCAUUCUCCUAAAAAGAUGGAUGAAGUAAACAAGGAUUUGAUGAAUUCCCUGGGCAGGAGCCCCAAACCUCCCAGUACCAGCCGUGAGGCUUCAUGUCAGAACCACAGACCAGGAAGGCGUUUGUUGCUUCCUGAUAGCUGCAACCAGGGGGCAAAAAAGUCCUCAACUGUUAGACAAAAGGCUUAUAGUUCUGGUGUCCCCACUCCAGAAGCCUCCAGCAUCUCAGAGGCUGUUUAUGCUGCACCCCGUGCGUACCCUUCUUUGCUAAAUCAGGCGGACCUCGAACAGCACAGCCCUAAAGUCACGACUUUCAAGAUGCCUGAGGAUACUGUGAAUCUUCUGGAUGCACAAGUGAUUGGACCAACCACUGAGCACCUCAUCCAGUCCGAUUUCCCUGAACAGUCGUUUAAGCCCAAAGUGCAGAUUGCCUUCCAAACGCUUCCAGGGCAGUGCCCUCGGAGUAUUGAAAUAGAGAGGAGGAGACAGCUGUAUCUCACCCUGGAUAUCACUCAGCUCUUAGCCAGCGAGGGGAUUGACUCCGAUCAGCUGAUACCAAGGCACUGUGAUCCUGACAGCAUACCAGCUAUCGAGGAGAAGAAAUAUCCCAUCCGCCUCCCACUACAGAUCUUUGACAAUGAAGAAUAUGACUGUCGAACUCCAGAAGAGUGGCUCUCUCUAGGACUGGAGCCAGGAUCUCGUGACAGAAAGCCAGUGCCUGGGAAAGCACUUCUACCUACAGAUGAUGUACUGGGACACGAGGACCCCAACAGCCAGAAGUUAACCUACAAGUGGAUUGAUGUUGGUGUUCUGGAUUAUGACAAGCAGAUGAAGCUCUAUUUGGUGCAUAAGUUAGAUAAAAAUGGGUUGGUGCGUGAUGAAGAAGGGAGACCCAUCCUUAAUGGAGGAAAAACUGCAGAAGGUGGUGCAAAAAGAGCCCCGCUGCUGCCAUGUCAGUACUGGGUGCCACGAGUUCAUCUGAUGUUUCUGGCUGAAGAUCCUCAGGUGUUUGCACAGAGAAUAGUUUCUGCCAACUUCUUGCGUAAAAAGACACAGAUGCUGCUCCUGUAUCACCUGUAUGUGGACUGCAUGCCUACAGAUGGACUAAAUAGCAUCAGCGAGACAAGCCUGGAGAAAAUGAAGCUGUGGGCUCUGCAUACACCCAAACUGAAGAAGAACAGAGUGUUAGGCUGCUUGGGCUGUCUGGAGAAAGAAGUGAAAUUAGACUAUGAGCGCGCUAUGAACAGGAUGAUCUUUGACAGAGCAAUCACUUCCAAACCUCAGAUAUUUUCUUAUGUCACCCUGCCAGACAAAGAGGAGAGGAAAGUACCAGAGAAAGGGCUCAUCUGCAUCCCAGACUAUCCUUUUGGCAAACAGCAAGCAGCCUUCAAUUUUGUCUCGCUCCUGACAAAGCCAGAAGCCGUCCUCGUCCUUUUGCAGGUGCAAGAUGAGUGCAACAAGGCAGCUUCCAUGUCUCUGUUUAACACAAGCUUAGCUGAGCAUGUCAGCUUGGAGGAAUUUGAAGAGAUUCAGACCCAGACCUUCACUCAGGUGCAGGCUUUUCUCAAGGAUACUUGGAUCAAUACGCUCACGACCGCAGUGAAGAUCGGCCUGAGAAAUGCAGGCAAAGGCUGGUACAACCUGGAGCAGAGCAGCUGGGAUGUCUACCAGAUGUCCAAACUACGUAAGCUGAUGGAGCGCGUCAAAUUCAUCCUGCAGGACUCGGUGCGCUACCUGGUGCAGAGCUCACUGCUCAGAUUCAUCCAGUUUUUGCUGGAUGCUUGCCACGGUAUCUUGAAUUGCUCAGAAGAUAUGGAAUGGGGAGAUGACCUCAUCAAUAGUCCCUACAGGCCUCGAAGGAAUCCAAUCUUUGCUAUUGACCUCGUGCUCGACGACAGUGGUGUUCACUUCAGCCCCCCAGCAGAGAGUUUUAAGGAAUCCCUCCUUUCUCUGUUGGACAAGGGAAUCCUGGUGACUCACGCUAUCCCACAGCUGGAGAAGUACGUGGUGGAGAACAUACCUGUCACAGGGACACCCUUUCUGGAGUCAGUGGACCUUCAUGAACCAGAAGUGGAAGAAAUGCGUGUGGCUGUGCAGUCUGCCCUUCAGAAGGCACUGAUCCCCCUCCAAGCCUAUGCUAAGAAAUACGAGAACUUCCUGGAGCUCCAUAACAGUGAUGUCCAGUUCUUCCUGAAAGACUACCAAGAGCAAUGUCCAUCUGCCCAGGAGGUAACGACUAUAGUGAACACAUACUUGUCUGAAAAGGAAAACCUGGACAAUUCUCUACCUAGUUCUGUCAUCAUUGGUCCCUUCAGUGUCAGAGUAGAAGGCGUUAAGACAAACUUGUCCAAAAAGUACAGUGCACUUGCCACUGCCAUGUUGGACUUACUGGCUGAAAACCUCCAUGCAAGGGUGAAGAAUAUCUGCGAUGCGUACAGAGCUGUCAGCUCGAGGAUACGUGAGGCACCACACAAUAUUGAGGAGCUGACUGAGCUGCGGGAGUGGAUGAAGGCAGUCCCUGAGCAGCUGGCUGUGCAGGAGGAACUGAUUUGUGAAGUCAUGGAAGAUUACAAAGUCAUGGAGGAAUUCCUUUACAAUCUCACCGAGGAAGAUUUCAAUGACAAGUGGGCUGCAAGUUACUGGCCCCUGAAAAUAGCUGUGCAGACGGAGGCUGUUCAGCUCCAACACGUGCAGGAUGAAGAGAGAUUCCGUGAAAUCCAACUAAUGGAUCACAACAUGUUUGAAGAGAAACUGGAGGACAUGAAGCUGACUGUAGGUGAAUUUUCUGUCCAGGUGGACAUCAGACAAGCUCAUACUUUGGCUAACGAAGCAAGACUGGUCGGGAAGCAGCUGAAGGAGCUUCAGAAUUUAGCAAUUCUCUACAACAACCGGGAAAAAAUCUUUGGGAUGAAAGUUACUAAUUACAAGAAGCUAUCCAGGAUGGUGAAGGACUUCCAGCCAUAUUGUGAUCUGUGGACUACGGUGUCAGACUGGCUGCACUGGUGUAAGAGCUGGAUGGAAGGUCCCCUCGUUGAAAUUGAAGCUGAGCAGCUAGAAAAGAACGUCAAUAACUCUUUUAAGACAAUGCAGAAGUGCGUGAGGCAGUUCAAAAACUCACCAGCAUGCCAGGGGGUGGCAAUGGAGUUCCGAGACAAGAUUGAAGAGUUCCGACUCUACGUCCCCUUAAUCCAAGGGCUGAACAAUCCUGGUAUGAAAAGGCGGCACUGGGAGAUGCUGUCAGAAGAUACGAACAUGGAUAUCAAGCUAGAAUCCAAUCUGACGCUUCGUCGCUGUUUGGAGAUGAACCUGCAGGACCAUAUUGAGAGUAUUACCAAAGUGGCUGAGAUAGCUGGCAAGGAAUACGCUAUUGAGAAUGCACUCAACAAGAUGGAGAGUGAAUGGAGCUCUGUUUCAUUUACUGUGUCGCUUUACAAAGACACGGGUACCUUUGUUCUGAAGAACACUGAUGAAGCUUCUCAGCUCCUAGAUGAUCAUAUUGUCAUGAUUCAGAGCAUGUCCUUUUCACCAUUCAAAAAGCCUUUUGAGGACAGAAUGAACACAUGGGAAAAUAAGCUGAAGAUGACUCAGGAUGUCCUGGAGGAAUGGUUGAACUGCCAGUGCUCUUGGCUCUAUCUGGAGCCCAUCUUUAGGUCAGAAGACAUCAAAAGACAGCUGCCAGUGGAAAGUGAGCGCUUUCAGAUGAUGGAUGCAGACUGGAGGAUCAUCAUGAAGAACGCUAAUGAAAAUCCUGAGGUGAUGUCUUUGUGCCCUGAUCCUGUGCUGCUAGAAAACCUGCAAAAAUGUAACAAAUUACUGGAGCUUGUGCAGAAAGGGCUGAGUGAAUACCUGGAGACCAAGAGAGGUGCUUUUCCCAGGUUCUACUUCCUUUCGGACGAUGAGCUGCUGGAAAUACUGUCCCAGACAAAAGACCCCACUGCUGUACAGCCUCACCUUCGGAAAUGCUUUGAGAACAUUGCACGGCUACAGUUCCAGGAGGAUCUGCAGAUCACACACAUGUAUUCUGCUGAAGGAGAAGAGGUGAAGCUGUUUGCUGCCAUUUAUCCCACUGACAAUGUGGAGGACUGGCUGCUGGAAGUUGAGAAAUCCAUGAAGGCCAGCGUACGGGACAACAUAGAAAGAUCAGUUGGUGUUUAUCCAGAGACACCUCGUACUACGUGGGUCUUGCAAUGGCCUGGCCAGGUGACCAUUGUUGGCUGUCAGAUUUUCUGGACAAAGGAGGUGUCUGAAGCUCUGGAAUCAGGAGAUUUGUCCAGCAGGCUUUUCCCACAGCUGAGUGCUCAGCUGGCUGAUUUGGUUGCUGUGGUCCGUGGCAAACUGUCGAAGAUGCAGCGAGCAGUGAUGUCAGCUCUCAUUGUGAUUGAGGUCCAUGCCAAGGAUGUUGCAGCAAAGCUGAUCGAGGAGAAUGUGACGAGCGUGAAUGAUUUCGAGUGGAUCUCCCAGCUCAGAUCCUACUGGACCAAGGGAGACCUGUACAUCAGAGCAGUCAAUGCUGAAUUUGUGUAUGGCUAUGAGUAUCUUGGGAACACUGGCCGCCUAGUUAUCACACCCCUCACUGACAGGUGUUACCUGACGCUUACAGGAGCUUUGCACCUGAAAUUUGGAGGAGCACCUGCGGGACCAGCAGGAACAGGCAAAACAGAAACAACGAAAGAGCUGGGGAAGGCACUGGCAAUCCAAACUGUAGUGUUCAACUGCUCUGACCAGCUUGACUUCAUGGCAAUGGGGAAGUUUUUCAAGGGACUGGCCAGCUCUGGUGCGUGGGCUUGCUUUGAUGAGUUCAACCGCAUUGAUAUCGAGGUGCUGUCUGUGGUGGCCCAGCAGAUCACAACCAUUCAGAAAGCACAGCAGCAGAGAGUGGAUCGCUUCAUGUUUGAAGGAAAGGAGAUCCCCCUGGUCCCAUCCUGCGCGGUGUUCAUCACGAUGAACCCUGGAUAUGCAGGACGUACUGAAUUACCAGAUAACCUGAAGGCUCUCUUCCGUCCGGUGGCGAUGAUGGUCCCAGAUUACUCCAUGAUUGCUGAGAUCUCACUCUAUUCCUUUGGGUUUAAUGAAGCUAAAGUCCUUGCAAAGAAGAUCACCACAACGUUCAAACUAUUGUCAGAGCAGCUCAGCACGCAGGACCACUAUGACUUUGGAAUGAGAGCUGUGAAGACUGUCAUCUCAACAGCUGGCAACUUGAAAAAGGAAAAUCCUACUAUGGAUGAGGAUCUGAUCUGCCUGCGGGCUAUCAGGGAUGCCAACAUACCCAAAUUUCUGCAGGAUGACCUCAAGCUCUUCAGAGGUAUAGUCUCCGACUUAUUUCCCAAGAUCAAAGAACAGCCUGUUGAUUAUGGCAUCCUGGAAGAAGCCAUUCGCAGAGCCUGCGUCAAAAAGAGUCUGAAGGAUGUUGAUGGUUUUGUGACUAAAUGCAUCCAGCUGUAUGAAACCACUGUGGUUCGCCAUGGCCUCAUGUUGGUGGGGCCGACAGGCUCUGGGAAGACGAAGUGUUAUGAAGUCCUAGCAGCUGCAAUGACGUCACUGCAAGGUCAGCCUGCAGCCAGUGGUGGGAAUUACGAACCGGUCAGCUACUUUGUACUGAAUCCCAAAUCCAUCACAAUGGGCCAGCUUUAUGGAGAGUUUAACUUAUUAACGCACGAGUGGACAGAUGGAAUCUUUUCCUCGCUCAUCCGGCAGGGAGCCAUGGCCACUGACACUAGCAAGAAGUGGUACAUGUUUGAUGGGCCAGUUGAUGCUCUCUGGAUUGAGAACAUGAACACAGUGCUGGAUGACAACAAGAAGCUGUGUCUCAGUUCAGGCGAAAUCAUCAAGAUGACAGAGAGUAUGACCAUGAUGUUUGAAGUGCAGGAUUUGGCUGUUGCAUCCCCUGCCACAGUCUCCCGUUGUGGCAUGGUUUACCUGGAACCCAGCGUCUUGGGGCUGGAGCCCUUCACGGAAUGUUGGCUGCAAAAACUCCCAGAUGUCAUGCAGCCCUUCUCACAGCAGCUGGCAUCUCUCUUCAGGAGGUUCCUCACGGAAGCCAUUGGCUUUGUCCGGGGAUCUGUGGAGGAGAUAAUUGCCUCCACAGAUGGCAACCUCACGAGGAGCCUCCUCACGCUCUUGGAAUGUUUGUUUCAGCCUUUUGUUCCUGCUGAGGGAUUUAGGAAGGCUCCCCAGGAGGCUGCAGCUCAUAUCGGAGAGCUGAUUGAGCCCUGGUUUGUAUUUGCCUUGAUCUGGAGUGUGGGUGCCACUGGAGAUUCCCAAGGCCGUGUCGCCUUCAGCACGUGGCUGAGGGAGAAGAUGGCAAAGGAAAAGAUCCAGUUACUUUUCCCAGAAGAAGGACUGGUUUAUGACUAUAAACUAAGUGCUGGACUGAGCAGCACUGAAGAUGAUCUCGAUGAGGACGUCGUUUGGGAGGUGCGCUGGGAGAAGUGGCUGGAUCCCACAGCAAAGUUCACCAUGGUUCCUGAUACCAACUACUGUGACAUUAUUGUGCCCACAGUGAACACAGUCCGAAUGGCCCACCUGCUGGAGCUGUUGCUCAUCAACUGUAAGCCAGUUCUUUGCAUCGGUCCCACUGGCACGGGGAAGACUCUUACAAUUACAGACAAGCUUUUGAAGAGCUUGCCUCUCAAAUACGUCAGCCACUUCUUGACAUUUUCUGCACACACCUCUGCCAACCAAACUCAGGAUCUCAUUGACAGCAAACUGGAGAAGAGGAGGAAGGGUGUCUUUGGGCCUCCAGUCGGGCGGUACUUUGUCUUUUUUAUUGAUGACUUGAACAUGCCCAUGCUGGAGACGUUUGGUGCACAGCCACCCAUCGAGCUGCUGCGGCAGUGGAUGGACCACCAGGGCUGGUACGACAGGAAGCAGAUCGGUACGUUUAAGAAGCUGGUGGAUAUUAAUUUUGUCUGUGCCAUGGGACCUCCUGGAGGGGGAAGGAAUGCUGUUACUCCACGCUUGACACGUCAUUUCAAUUACCUGUCCUUCACGGAGAUGGACGAUGGCAGCAAGAAGACCAUCUUCUCCAACAUCCUUGGCAGUUGGAUGGCUGGUCUCCUAGGAGAAAGAAGUUACAGAGAUCCAGUGCCUGGAGCAGUUGCAGUCAAAGACUUGAAUGAGCCCUUGGUUGAUGCCACUAUCUACGUGUAUCUGACCAUCACAUCCCAGCUGCUGCCCACACCAACAAAGUCACAUUACACCUUUAACCUGAGAGACCUCUCCAAGGUGUUCCAGGGCAUGCUCAUGGCUCAGCCCAGCAACAUCAAGGACAAACACCACCUGCUGAGAUUGUGGUACCAUGAGAGCUGCCGGGUCUUCUGUGAUCGCCUGGUCACCAAGGAAGACCAGACCUGGUUUGACAACCUGAUGAAAAGCAUGAUGGAGGAACUGGACACCACUUUUGAGGAGGUUGUCCCGUCCCAGCCAGUUCUGUUUGGGGACUUCAUGGAACCAGGGGCACAUAUUAAACUGUACGAAGAAAUUGACAGCCAGGAAAAGCUGAAAGGCGUGCUGGAGGAUUACCUGGAAGAGUACAACCAAACCAACACUGCAGAGCUGAAGCUGGAGCUUUUCAUGGAUGCAAUGCAGCACAUCUGCCGAAUCAGCCGGAUCCUGCGGCAGGCCCCAGGGAAUGCCCUUCUCCUGGGUGUUGGGGGGAGUGGGAGGCAGUCUCUCACCAGGCUGGCAUCUCACAUGGCAGAAUAUGAGUGUUUCCAGAUCGAAUUGUCCAAGAAUUACGGUGUGACCGAAUGGCGAGACGAUGUGAGGAAGAUCAUGAUGAAGGCAGGCCUUGAAAGCAUACCCAAGACAUUCCUGUUUGUGGACACACAGAUUAAAAAUGAGUCCUUCCUUGAAGAUAUCAACAACCUGCUCAACUCUGGCGAUGUUCCCAACAUUUACAGCCCUGAUGAUCAAGAGCAGAUCACGACAGCCAUGAAGCCUGUUGUGCGAGAGCUGGGGCUGCAGCCCACCAAGGCCAACCUGAUGGCUGCAUACACAGGACGGGUUCACAGCAAUAUCCACAUGGUGCUGUGCAUGAGCCCUAUUGGAGAAGUGUUCCGUGCACGCUUGAGACAGUUUCCCUCUCUUGUGAACUGCUGUACCAUUGACUGGUUUAAUGAGUGGCCUGCUGAAGCCCUGCAAUGUGUUGCCUUUUCCUUCUUGCACGAGAACCCACAUCUUGGUGCCAGCACCGAUACUGUGGAUGGGAUGGUUCAAAUGUGUGUAGAAAUCCAUCAGAGUGUGGCAAGGAAGUGCCAGGUGUACCUGGCUGAGCUGGCCAGACACAAUUAUGUCACUCCCAAGAGUUACCUCGAUUUCCUCAGCAUCUUUUGUUCCCUGAUUGGAAAAAAGAAACAGGAGCUGAAGACAGCCAAAAACAGGAUGGAAGGAGGCCUGGGCAAGCUCCUGCAAACAGCAGAGGAUGUAGCGAGGAUGCAGGAAGAGCUGGAGUCUGCCCGCCCUCUCCUGGCCCAGGCAGCCAAGGACACACUGGCAACCAUGGAGCAGCUGCAGGUGGACACAGCUGUUGCUGAAGAGACAAGAACUGCUGUUCAGGCUGAGGAAACCAAGGCCAAUGCAAAAGCCCAGAGAGCCCAAGCCAUUGCAGAUGAUGCUCAGAAGGACCUGGCUGAAGCUCUUCCUGCCCUAGAUGCUGCUCUGGCCAGCCUGAGAAACCUGAAAAAAAGUGAUGUUACAGAGGUACGAGCGAUGCAGCGGCCUCCCCUCGGUGUGAAAAUGGUGAUCGAAGCAGUCUGCAUCAUGAAGGAAGUCAAACCCAAGAAAGUGUUAGGGGAGAAGCUGGGCACCAAGGUGGAUGAUUACUGGGAACCAGGCAGGGGCCUUCUCCAGGACCCAGGGAAAUUCUUGGACAGCCUGUUUAAGUAUGAUAAGGAAAACAUUCCAGACUCCGUGAUCAAGGCCAUCCAGCCAUACAUUGACAGCAAGGAGUUCCAGCCAGCUGCCAUCUCCAAGGUCUCCAAAGCUUGCACCUCCAUCUGCCAGUGGGUGCGUGCCAUGCACAAGUACCACUUUGCAGCCAAGGUUGUGGAGCCCAAGCGGCAAGCCUGGCGAGAGGCAGAAGAGGACCUGCGUGCUACUCAGCAGGUCCUUGAGGAAGCUAAGCAACGCCUGAAGGACGUUGAAAGUGGUAUUGCUGCUCUGCAAGCCAAGUACAACAGCUGCAUAGCCAAGAAGAAGGAACUGGAGAUGAAGUGCGAGCAGUGUCAGCAGAGAUUGGGCCGUGCUGCUACGCUCAUAAACAGCCUGGCUGAUGAGAAGGUGCGCUGGCAGGACACCGUUGAGAACCUGGAUUACAAGAUCAACAACAUUGCUGGGGAUGUGCUGCUUGCAGCUGGCUUUGUCGCCUACCUGGGCCCUUUUACUGGACACUACCGCAUGGCACUGUGCAAGGAGUGGCUGAGCAAGCUCUCAGAAAACAAUAUUCCUCACACCGAGGAGCCAAACCUGAUCAGCACCCUUGGGGACCCUGUGGAAAUCCGCUCCUGGCAGGUUGCUGGUUUACCAAAUGACACGCUGUCUGUGGAGAAUGGGGUAAUAACACGGUUCUCCCAGCGAUGGACUCACUACAUUGACCCUCAAAGACAAGCAAACAAGUGGAUCAAGAACUUGGAGAAGGCGAACGGCCUGGAGGUGGCCAAGCUGAGUGACAGGGACUUCCUCUGCGGUCUGGAAAAUGCCAUUACCUAUGGGAAGCCCUUCCUGCUGGAGAACGUUGGCGAGGAGCUGGACCCGGCCCUUGAACCCAUCCUGCUAAAACAGACCUACAAGCAGCAAGGCAGAACAGUGCUGAAGCUGGGGGAUGCGGUGAUCCCUUACAAUGAGGAUUUCAAGCUGUACAUCACCACCAACCUGUCCAAUCCCCAUUACAGCCCUGAAGUUUCCACAAAACUCACCCUCAUCAACUUCACCAUCUCACCCAGUGGCUUGGAGGACCAACUGCUGGGACAAGUGGUGGCUGAGGAGAGGCCUGACUUAGAAGAAGCUCGAAACCAGCUGAUUCUUAGCAAUGCUGAGAUGCGUCAGGAGCUGAAGGAGAUAGAAGACCAGAUCCUGUAUCGGCUCAGCACUUCCGAAGGAAACCCUGUGGAUGACUUGGAGCUCAUCAAAGUGCUAGAAGCAUCCAAGCUCAAGGCAGGGGAGAUCCAGACCAAGGUGAAGGUAGCAGAGCAGACAGAGGAGGACAUCAACACCACACGCUUGCAGUAUGCCCCUGUUGCUGUCCGCACACAGAUCCUCUACUUCUGUGUCUCAGACCUGUCCAGCGUGGACCCCAUGUAUCAGUACUCACUGGAGUGGUUCCUCAACAUCUUCCUCUUGGGGAUCAGUAACUCUGAGAGAGCAGAUACUGUGAAGGAGCGGAUCAUGAACAUCAACAACUACAUCACCUUCAGUCUCUACAGCAGUGUGUGCCGCAGCCUCUUUGAGAAGCACAAGCUCAUGUUUGCCUUCCUCGUUUGCGCCCAGAUCUUGAUAAAUGAUGGGCGGAUUGAUAUGGACGAGUGGCGAUUCCUGCUCUCAGGGGGAACUAUAAAGGAGAUGCAGGAGAACCCAGCUCCAGACUGGCUGAAUGAACGAGCAUGGGGAGACAUCCUGGCUUUGAGCAACCUGAAGAACUUCUCCGGCUUUGCCAAUGACUUUGCUGCCAGCCUUGCAGCAUUCAGGGCCAUCUUUGACAGCCACGAGCCUCACAGGCAACCCCUGCCUGGGAAGUGGAACGUUGAGCUUGAUGACUUCCAGAAGCUGCUGGUUCUGCGGUGUCUGCGGGGAGAUAAGAUCACCAAUGCCAUGCAGGACUUUGUGGCACUGAACCUGGAUCGGCACUUCAUUGAGCCUCAGACCGCUGACCUCUCCGUCGUGUUCAGGGACUCCAGUGCCACCACCCCCCUCGUGUUCGUGCUGUCCCCAGGCACUGACCCCGCUGCCGACCUUUACAAGUUUGCUGAAGAGAUGAAUUUCUCCAGAAAACUCUCUGCCAUUUCCCUGGGCCAAGGCCAGGGCCCCCGUGCUGAAGCCAUGAUGACCAGUGCCAUGGAGCAGGGAAACUGGGUCUUCUUCCAGAACUGCCACCUGGCCCCCAGCUGGAUGCCUUCACUGGAGAGACUCAUUGAAGGCAUUAACCCCAACAAGGUGCAUCAGGACUUUCGCCUCUGGCUCACCAGUCUACCAAGCAACCGCUUCCCUGUGUCCAUCCUCCAAAACAGCUCAAAGAUGACCAUUGAGCCUCCCCGUGGGGUCAAAGCCAAUCUGCUCAAGUCCUACAUCAGUUUCAGCGAUGACUUCUUGAAUUCCUGCCCCAAGGUCACAGAGUUUAAAUCCUUGUUGUUGUCACUUUGCUUCUUCCAUGGGAACAUGCUGGAGAGGAGGAAGUUUGGACCACUGGGGUUCAACAUCCCCUAUGAGUUCACAGAUGGAGACCUCCGCAUCUGCGUCAGCCAACUCAAGAUGUUCUUGAGCGAGUACACAGACAUCCCAUACAAGGUUCUGAAGUACACAGCUGGGGAGAUCAACUACGGGGGCCGUGUGACCGACGACUGGGACAGGCGCUGCGUGAUGAAUAUUUUGGAAGAUUUCUACAAGCCUGAGGUUCUGACUCCUGAGUUUGCCUAUUCUGAAUCUGGGAUCUACAAGCAGAUCAGUAGCUCUGCAGACCUCGAUGGAUACCUGCAGUACAUCAGGAGCCUGCCGCUCAAUGACAGCCCGGAGCUUUUCGGUUUGCAUGACAAUGCCAACAUCACCUUUGCUCAGAAGGAGACCUUUGCUCUGCUAGGGGCCAUCCUGCAGCUGCAACCAAAGACAUUCACGCUGGGUGGCUGCAGCAGGGAAGAGCUGGUGGAGGAGACUGCAAAUGAGAUCCUGGCGAAGCUGCCUGCCCCCAUGGACUUGCAGGAGGUGAUCUGCAAAUACCCUCUGCUCUAUGAAGAGUCUAUGAACACAGUACUGGUGCAGGAGGUCAUCAGGUACAACAGUCUCCUGGAGGUGAUUGCUCAGACGCUGAAGGAUUUGCUGAAAGCUCUCAAAGGCCUGGUUGUGAUGUCCUCUCAGCUGGAGCUGAUGGCCAACAGCUUGUACAGCAACUCCGUCCCCACUGUGUGGAACACCAAGGCCUACCCAUCACUGAAGCCCUUGGCAUCCUGGGUGAAUGACUUGGUGCAGCGGGUUGAAUUCCUCCAGAAGUGGAUCAGCCACGGGAUCCCCUCUGUGUUCUGGAUCAGUGGGUUCUUCUUCCCUCAGGCCUUUCUCACCGGCACACUGCAAAACUUUGCUAGGAAGUCUGUCAUCUCCAUUGACAACAUUUCUUUUAGCUUCAAGAUGAUGAAGGAGUCAACGAGCGAGCUCUCUCGCCCUCCCUCUGAAGGCUGCUACAUCUAUGGCUUGUUUCUUGAGGGUGCCCGCUGGGACACCUCUGCGUUUCAGCUGGCAGAGUCCCGUCCCAAGGAGCUGUACAGCGAGAUGGCUGUCAUCUGGCUGCUUCCUGUCGCCAAUCGCAAGCCUCCAGCUGCUGGCAUAUACCUGUGCCCCAUCUACAAGACACUCACUCGUGCGGGGACACUGUCAACAACGGGCCACUCCACCAACUACGUGAUCGCAGUGGAGAUCCCCACAGACAAGCCUGAGAAGCACUGGAUCAAACGAGGCACAGCCUUGAUCUGCGCCCUGGACUUCUAGCCAGCAGCUGCCCAGGCAGAUGAACCACCCCAGGGACAGGUAAGGGAAGUCAGCAGGAGGCAGGAACUGACCACCAGCAGCUACUCUCCUCCUCUUUUCUCCCCAGCUGUUCAUUACACCCUUCAUUACAAAUGGAGUUGAACUGCA